AUGACUGGCCGUGUAUUCCAACUGUCCGGAAGCUGCAACAACUACCCCUGGGGGAAGCGGGGGCAGCAGUCACUCGCGGCGCAACUUUGCAGAAAGACAGUCAAGGACCUCGAAAUUAAGGACGAUGAAUUUUAUUCCGAGAUGUGGUUCGGGGACUAUCCCGACUUCCCUGCCCGGGUCUUGAAGACGGGCGAGCUGCUCAAGGACGUCCUCGACAAGGAUAAGGAAAGGCUGCUCGGCAAGAAGGUGAUCGAUGAACUGGGCGGCCAACUGCCUUUCCUUCCCAAGAUCUUGUCUAUCGCCAAGGCUCUUCCGUUACAAAUCCACCCCAACAAGGAAUUGGCUGCCAAACUGCACGCCAAAGACCCCGAGAACUUCACCGACCCAAACCACAAACCUGAAAUCGCCGUUGCACUCUCCAAAUUUGAGGUCUUCGCAGGGUUCAAACCACUGUCCGAAAUUGAGCCCCUGUUCACGCUCCCCGCCCUUCGCUCUUUCGUCCCGUCCAACACCACGCAAUGGACCAACCAGACACUGCGCGAGGUAACGCGCAACAUCCUCAAAGCCGACGACACCACCAUCAAACAAGCCCAACAACACCUCCUCUCCACCCCAAAACCCGACCUCAGCAACGCAGCCUACAUCCUGGACCUCCUCCCGCGCCUCCAAAACCAAUACAGCGCGCAAGACCCCGGUUCCCUCGUCGCGCUAACCUGCAUGAACUUCCUGACCCUCCAACCCGGCGACGCGCUAUACAUACCCGCCGACGGCAUCCACGCCUACCUCAGCGGGGAUAUCGUCGAGUGCAUGGCGCGCAGCAACAACGUGCUCAACGCCGGGUUCUGCCCGCGCGCCGAGCGCAACAGCAUCGACCUGUUUGCGGAUACCCUCACGUUCAGGGCGCACUCGAAGGGGGAUGUGGUGCUGCCGAGUGCCGAGACGGGGAGGAGCAAGACGGGGCGGACGAGGGUGUAUCGGCCGCCGAUGACUGAGUUUGAUAUGUUGAGGGUGGAGUUGGGGGAAGGGGGGAGGGGGAUGAGAUUGAGGGGGGUCCCGGCAUUCCUGUUUUUCCGCCUCUCUAGUUUCCUGCGGAAUGUGUUGGUGGAGGGGUUGGCGAGGCGGGGGGGUGAGGGUGAGGAUGGGGAUGGGAGGGAGAUGAGUGAGAUGGAAGAUGUGAUGUUGACGAAUAGCUUUGCGGUGACGGUUGGGGGGAAGGAGUUUAUGGGGUUGUUUGCGGAUUUGGCGUGCGUUCAUCAACUUCUCGGAGAAGACGUUGGCCAUGACGGUACUUGUCAGUACUGGUGGUCCGCCCGUGAUAUCAAAAUUGGAGAGGAAAUCACCGUCACGUACUCCGCUGCGGGCCUGACAUCAGAAGAGAGACAAGAGACCUUGGAGAACGUGUGGGGUUUCAAGUGCCAAUGCUCCCUCUGCACCGCUGAACCAGCCGACCUCGUCGCCUCGGAUGACCGCCGUAGGGAGGUCCGCUCUCUCCAGGAUAAGGUUAUUGAACUUGCUCAACAUGGCCAUUUCCACGAGGCAGUCGAAGCCAGUGAACGACUGUUUACUCUGGUGGAACUCGAAGGCCUGACGGAGCAGAUGGGCGGCAUGUAUGAGGUUCCCGCCCGUCUUUAUUACCACAUCGGCAAUCUCGAGAAGGCCCUGGAAUACACGCUGAAGACGAGGCGUGAGAUCGAUGCUUAUGGAGUCCCCGACGAAAACGGAGAGGAGAAGGUCAAGAUGCUGAAAGGGGUUAUCGAACGGCUUGAGAAAGAGAUAAAUGACAAAAGAACGAAACGCGAAGAGUCUAAGGCAGGAUCAUAA